AUCAUAAACCCUAAACUCCCAGUUUUAAGGCCUCCACCAUUUCCAGUUUCCCGCAAACCCUGAACAAAACCCUAAAUUCGCCUCUCUUCAAGAAACCUCAUCAAUGGCGGACGUCGAAAUUCCUCGUUCCGAGAAGAAGAAGAAGAAGAGUUCCACCAAAACGACGGAUUCCGAACCCCAAGCCGAAACUGAUACUACGGAAUUCUUUAUCAAACCCCAAUCUGUCACCCCAAAAACCGAUUCUUCACAGUGGCCAAUCCUCCUAAAAAACUACGAUCGUCUCAAUGUAAGAACAGCUCAUUUCACACCAAUUCCAGCAGGUUAUUCUCCAUUAACUCGUCCUAUUGUUGAAUACAUAAGGUAUGGAAUUCUUAAUUUAGAUAAACCUGCAAAUCCAUCUUCUCAUGAAGUUGUUGCUUGGAUUAAAAGGAUUUUAAGGGUUGAAAAAACGGGUCAUUCAGGUACGUUAGACCCAAAAGUUACUGGAAAUUUAAUUGUUUGUAUUGAAAGAGCAACUCGUUUAGUUAAAUCUCAACAAGGUGCUGGAAAGGAGUAUGUUUGCAUUGCUAGAUUACAUUCUGCUGUUCCUGACGUUGCUAAAGUUUCUAGAGCAUUAGAAACUUUAACUGGGUCUUGUUUUCAAAGACCACCGUUGAUAUCUGCUGUUAAAAGACAACUUAGAAUAAGGACAAUUUAUGAAAGUAAGUUGCUUGAAUACGAUGCUGAUAAACAUUUGGUUGUUUUUUGGAUUAGUUGUGAGGCGGGUACUUAUGUUAGGACAUUAUGUGUUCAUUUAGGGUUGUUGUUGGGUGUUGGUGGACAUAUGCAAGAGCUUAGGAGAGUGAGGUCUGGGAUAUUAGGUGAGAAGGAUAAUAUGGUGACAAUGCAUGAUGUGAUGGAUGCUCAAUGGAUGUAUGAUAAUUUUAGGGAUGAGAGUUAUUUGAGGCGAGUUAUUAUGCCUUUAGAGGUUGUUUUGACUAGUUAUAAGAGGCUUGUUGUGAAGGAUACAACUGUGAAUGCGAUCUGUUAUGGUGCGAAGUUGAUGAUUCCAGGGUUGCUUAGAUUUGAGAAUGAUAUUGAUGUAGGUAAUGAGGUUGUUUUGAUGACUACUAAAGGGGAGGCGAUUGCGUUGGGGAUUGCGGAGAUGACUACGGCUGUUAUGGCUACUUGUGAUCACGGGGUGGUUGCGAAGAUUAAGAGGGUGAUAAUGGAUAGAGAUACUUAUCCAAGGAAAUGGGGGCUUGGGCCAAGGGCUUCGAUGAAGAAGAAGUUGAUUGCUUCAGGGAUGUUGGAUAAGCAUGGAAAACCAAAUGAGAAGACUCCGGCUGAAUGGAUGAGAAAUGUUCCGAUUGUUUCUGAUGCUAUGAUUGCUGGUAUUGCUGCUUCAGCUGAGCCUGUGACAAGUGUGGAAGUGGUGGAGGAGAAGAAGGAGAAGAAACAUAAAAGGAAAUUGGAGGAAGUUGAUGCUAGCCCUGCCACCGAUGGUGUGAAGAAGUUGAAAGUUAAAGAGGAGGAAGUUGUGGAGGUGAAAGAAAAAGUGAAGGUGAAGGGCGAAGAGGUUGAAGUUGAGAAAUCCGAGAAGAAAGAGAAGAAAAAGAAGAAGAAAGAAGCAGAAGAAGCUGCUUCUCCUGAUGUAGAGAAAUCAAAGUCCAAGAAGGAUAAGAAAAAGAAGGAGAAAGCCGAGUCUUUAGAUGAGGAGAAGUCCGAGAAGAAGAAAAAGAAGAAGAGCAAGGAUGUUGAAAAUGGUCUUGCAGAUGCUGAGGAGGAACACCGAAGUGAAAAGAAGGAGAAGAAGGAUAAGAAGAAAAAGAAGGAUAAAGAUGCUGCCGAAGAAUAAAGGAGUAGUCUCCUUGUUGAUUCUAUAGCUUGAUAGGAAAUCGCAGUUAGAAUUUGUAUGCUGUUGUUCUCUUUAGUUCUCCGAAGCUGGUUGAUUUUGUACUCUCUGAAUGUUUUUUUUGCGGAUCUAUGUUGAAGCUUUAGAGUUCUAUUCACUUGGCUCUCUGUCAAUCCUUUGGCCUUGAGUUGGGAUUUCUUUACUUGUUUAGGUCGGUCGUACCAAUGGUUGAUCCCCGUAAUCUUAUGGUUAGAGGUUCAACUUCGCGACCAUCAAUACACCAGGGUAGCUUGGUGAAUAUUAGCUUUCUUUACUAGUUGAAAUGAUAAUUUUGGAUUUUCUUCAUGCUCCCUUGUACUAGUACUUUGAAGUAAUGGAUAAAAAUUUUUGAAUUUGGUGUGCUUGAUGAGAUACUUGAAGCAAGUUGCCCUGAUCAUCUUCACUUCAUUGUUACAUAAGUAGGUUUCUGGCUUGAGCUUGUCGUGUUCAUUACGUUGGUGAUAUAAGCUCAAGGUGAAGACAGUUGCUUAUAUAUAGGCUUUUGAACUGAGUUUGCUGGAUGCAGAUAGAGAUGAACUGAGCUUGGUUAUCUCCUUAUGGUCUUGUACUCUUGUAUUGGUUGUGAUGCCUGUACUUCAUAUACUGUUUCAAUUUGUGUUUUCAUCUGUUAUUGUAUGCUGCCCGCCUGUGCUAUUUGCACUAUGUACUUGUUUCAUUUUAUGUUGGCCAUUUUUGAAGUUAUUAUUUGUUCUUUCUUGGGUUAUUUGUUGGCACUUGGCAGCAGCUUGAUGAAAAACUUAACCCAAAAUAAGUGAAGAACCAAAAUAUCUACUUUGUCA